AUGAAGAUUGAUGUCAUUCCAGCCUUACAGGAUAAUUAUAUGUAUCUGUUAACCGAUCCCAAAACCAAUCAAGCUGCUAUUGUUGAUCCAGUCGAACCGGAAAAAGUCUUAGCUGCAGUUAAUAACAGGAAGGUCGAUUUAACUACAGUAAUAACCACUCAUCAUCAUUGGGAUCAUGCCGGAGGUAAUGAUAAACUAGUCGGCAUGGUUUCUAAGAAAUUGAAGGUUUACGGGGGUGAUGAAAGAAUCGGUUCUUUGACUGAAAAACUUUCCGGCGGUGAAGAAUUUAAUAUUGGCUCUCUUGUUAUCAAAUCAUUAGCAACGCCAUGUCACACCUCUGGUCAUAUUUGCUAUUUUGUAUCUGAUCCUAACAGUCAAGAAUCUGCAGUUGUAUUUACAGGAGAUACACUCUUUGUAGGAGGAUGUGGCCGCUUUUUUGAAGGAACACCAGCUCAGAUGUAUAAUGCACUUUGUAAUAUUUUAGGAAAAUUACCUUCCUCGACUAGGGUUUACUGUGGACAUGAAUACAGUGCUAGCAAUUUAAUAUUUGCAAUCCAUGUAGAACCCGAUAAUGUAGACAUUCAGAAGAAAUUAGAAUGGGUUAAGAAACAACGUGCGAACAGAUUAGUAACUGUCCCUUCAACAAUAGCGGAGGAAUUGUCUUAUAAUCCUUUUAUGAGAGUCAACACUAAUAAUGUAAGAAAGCAUACCGGAAAGAAGAGCGGAAUCGAAGCUAUGGGAUACCUUCGCGAAGAAAAAAAUAAUUUUAAAGCGAAAGCUUAG